UGCAAGGCUUUUAAGAACAAAAAAACUACUUGGGUCUACUACUAUUGAUCUUAUAGGAAUUGACAAGAUGAGACUAGUUCAUUUUUGAGGUGGGUUAUUGGUCAAUUGUGCCGCCGAACUUCUUCUAUUCCAGAGGAUGUGUACGCAAUGUGGCAGAUGGGCACAGAGUCAAGUCUGUCCGAGUUAUAUAGCGCGCUCGAAAGCGCACUUCAUCACUUUGCAAGACUGUUCAUACUCAUUGACGCGCUUGAUGAGAGCACCCACCCUCGGGACAAGUUACUUGAGACAUUACGAAAACUCGUUACGGAUUCUCUGUUUCACAAAAUUCAGAUUGUCGCCUCAAGUCGCGAAUACGUUGAUAUUGAGAGGGCUAUGGCCACAUUUUCCGUUUCAAUUCCGAUGGAUAACGAUCUAGUCACAGCUGAUAUUCGAGUUCAUGUGCGAUCGCAAAAGGCGUUGAACACCAAGUUCCGCCAUUGGCCAGGAGAUCUCAUCACUGAAGUUGAAGACUCUUUGGCAGUGAAGGAUAGAGGCAUGUUCCGCUGGGCUGUGUGCCAAAUGCAGGUGAUUCAACGAUUACGGCCAGACUACCGCAUUGUCCGAAACGAGCUAGCCACCCUUCCUAAAACGUUGGAUGAAACGUAUGAGCGAGUCUUCUUGAGCAUCGAUGAAGAGCAGCGUCUUUUUGUAUCCCAUGUUCUUCGAUGGAUAUACUUCCACGAUGCAAUUUGGAAAAUGAGGAUCAGCUGCACACAUCUUCUCCAGGCUGUAGAUCUCACUAUGAUCACCGUCGGAGACCAUUUUCGCAAAUUCAAUUACGACGAAGACACGCUCCGCGAAUUGUGCGAUCCUUGGUCACUGUCACGCCUAUUGAGAUUCAAAUGGAGGGUGGAACAUUGCCACUGGCCGAGGUUUCCUUCGCGCAUUACACUGUUCUAGAAUAUCUUGAGUCUGACCGAUUUACCCCGAGUGCGACGUUUGCCUUUAUGCAGGGAGGUCGUGGAUCUUGAUUUAGCAAGAGCAGUCCUGAGUGAGGCUCUCAAUUGUGCAAGCACAAGAGGGGAGCCUGGAGGUAUGUGCGAAAUUGAUAUCCUGACGCCGUUCUUUGAGAAUAUCAACUCCUGGUGCAAGCUGACAGUUCUUGUUAUGCUGUCUUCCGAGUCAUGGCAACAAAAGAUGUCGUGUCAGGCCGACUUAUCGGAGCACGUAUU